AUGGAUAAUCUUACAAAACUUGAGUUUGCUGCCCUUAAUAUUUUGGGCAAGAAUUACCUAUCAUGGAUGCUAGAUGCUGAAAUCCAUUUAGAUGCAAUGGGUCUUGGAGACACCAUAAAAGAUCAAAACAAAGCAUCCAAGCAAGAUUGUGCUAAAACAAUGAUAUUCUUGCGUCAUCAUCUUGAUGAAAUUUUAAAAAUUGAAUAUCUUAGCAUCAAGGAUCCACUUAUUUUGUGGAAUAACAUGAAAGAAAUGUAUGACCACCUGAAGAUGGUCAUCCUCCCAAAAGCACAGUACAAUUGGAUUCAUUUAAGGUUACAGGACUUUAAGUCAAUUAUUGAGUAUAAUUCUGCGAUGUUCAGAAUUACUUCUCAACUGAAACUCUGUGGAGAAACAAUUAGUGAUUUUGAUAUGCUGGAACAGACGUUCUCCACCUUUCAUGCCUCGAAUAAUCACGAGAAUCAACGUAUUGGCACUACCCCAUUCCCUAAACUGAAUGAGGUGCAAUCCCACCACUCCAGACGCAGAAAAGGUCGUGGCCCCAGUCGUGGUCAAAAUGCUCUUCUUGGGGAUAAUUAUUCAUCAAAGAAGAAUUACCACCGGAGGGGGAAAAAGAAAGAUGAGAAGUGCAAAGUGGCAGAAACAAGUGGCUCAGAAAAUAGAUGCUACCGAUGCAGUGGAAGAGGACACAGUUCACGUACUUGUCGUACGCCAAAAAACUUGGUUGAGCUUUAUCAAGCAUCACUAAAGAAGAAAAAGAAAAAUCCUGAAGCUAAUUUUAUCUCUGAGGAUCAAGUUGAUAUUACUCACUUGGAUGUGACCAAUUUUUUUGAGCACUCUGAAGGAAAAAUAGAUCACUUGAUUGGUGAUAGAUCUGUUGUUAAGGAUGAUUGA